CCGUGUAAGCGUUUACAGCACCUCUGCACAGCUCGCCACUGUUAAUCCGCGUAUGCGCAGUAAACGCCUCUAUUGUCUCCCAGCAGCGGCGAGUGAGCGAGCGAGCGCACGGACGGAUCUGCGCUUGCAGGGGAGCGGCACACAUUGACCCGAAUCUCCAGGCAGACGGAGGGAGGACAAGCUGGACCUGGACGUAGGCUACACAGUGGACGCACAUCAUGGCAGAUAUACAUUGAGUCAUUACUCUUUUAGUAAGAGAGAGAUUUUGCAUUCAAAGUACUGCGGGUCUGUUGUUGCGCUUGUCUCGGAUUUUGGGCAGGCAGUCCUGUCACUUGGUUAGAAGGGGAGAACGUGUUGCGUUUUUUGCUUGAUUGAAAUACGCGACAUCGUGCCUUUGGCUUCAUCAUCAUAUUUUGUGAGUUACAGGGAUUAAGACUGAAGGUCCAUGAUUCGACCAGGAAAAUGGGCUGUUGCGUCUGCGAGACACAGCUGUUGUAGUCAGACUUGACAACCUCGGAUUUUAGCGCUUGUUUUGGUUGCUUGUUUGAAGGAGGCACGAAAAGCGCCGCAGACAAGCGUAUCCUUGACAGCCUUCCCGCGACACCCCCACCCAUUUCAGCGGAUACUUUGGAUGGGGGGCAAGCAGAGUACGGCGGGGCGGCCCCGGGGAGCUUUUCCCGGCGUAUCGACAGAUGACAGUGCGGUGCCACCCUCGGCCCACUUCGGGCACUACCGGCCAGGUGGCACGAUGGGACUGCGCAGCCGCUCGGUGAGCUCUGUGGCGGGGAUGGGCAUAGAUCACAGCGCCACAGUGCCCUUCGGCUUUUACACCCCUAGAGGAACAGACUCGGAUAGAGCCGGAGGGGGUUCGGGCUCAGAUUCGGCCCAUAACGGGAACGGAUUCCAGGAACCGGGCGGCGGGCACCACACGGACGGUAUGCUUUACCUGGGAUCCCGCGCGUCGUUGGCAGACACUUUACCCCUGCACAUCGCGCCCCGGUGGUUUAGCGCUCACAGCGGAUUUAAGUGUCCUGUAUGCUCCAAAUCAGUGGCAUCCAAUGAGAUGGAGGUUCACUUCAUUAUGUGUCUGAGCAAGCCACGCCUCUCCUACAACGAUGAUGUAUUGUCAAGAGAUGCGGGAGAGUGUGUAAUAUGUCUUGAGGAACUACAACAAGGCGACACCAUUGCUAGACUGCCGUGCCUCUGUAUUUAUCACAAAAGCUGUAUAGACUCCUGGUUUGAGAUUAAUCGCUCCUGCCCCGAACAUCCCUCAGACUGACCGUCAUCUACUUCUGCUACCACUGAGAAAAGGGCACUUUAUGGACCUAAACCUGGAUAACCUGACACAAAAAUAACCAAAUAACAACAAUCCACCAACCAAUUCGAUCAGACCAGGAAGCGGAAACGUGUCGUUGCAAAACUGAACCAAACAGAAGAGUUCAUCCAGUCAAUACUGUCAUUCGCCACUCACCAGAAACUCCUACCUGCUGUGCUAGAGACUGCUUAACCGCUAACAGGGCCAACGCCAACCCUGAACACCAGAUGUCUGGCUUCUUGCCCCCCCUACAUACUCCGUGUUCUCGUAGACGUGCGUGUUCUGUCUGCAUUUCUGCUCCGACUGCUCUCUUUGCAUACGUGUUUUUAUUUAGAAGAAGAGGCGGGAGAGGGGACGUGGGCGGGGCAUAAACAUGGGCGGGGCACAGGCGGCAUAACAAGUAGGACGUAGGUCAAGCUUUGCAACCAAUCCAGAGGCCAUACCUGUCCUUUCAGUUCAUAGAUGCUGGGGGCGUUGCUUGAGCUUCGAAACGUCCAAUGAGGAACUGCGGGUGUGGCAGAGGGCGGGGCUUGGGGUUUUGUGUGUGCAUUCAGUGUGUCGGUUCACUCUUUGGUGAUGUGUUGGACAGCCGGUGGAUGUAGAUUUACUUUUUCUGUGUGUGAUCGUGUGUCCACAGAUGGGAAAUGUAUAAAUUGUGUUUCCUGUUAACGCCAAAGGAAGGUAAAGACAGCAUGUUGGGGUUGGGGGUUUACGUUUAAAAAAAAAGAAAAGAAGAGAAAUAUACCCAAGGUUUGUCUUUCAAAUGUUUACAAGUCACAGUAGACAUCUUCCCCAUUGGAUUCAGAUGAUAAGCUGAACGCUAGUUGUUUCAUCAUCCGCAAUUUUUGGACAGUUAUUAUGAAACGCCGACCAUAAUCUUCAGACAAUUUCCCUGUAAAAGCCUUGAGUAUGUAUUCGGUGUGCGUGUAUGUGUGUGUGAUUUCCAAAGCUUCUGUCCCUCUUCUCAUGUUUCUCAUGUUUUCUGUAUGUGACCGACCAGCUUACGGUCCGGUAAGGUAAUGUUGCUUCACUACUGUAUAUAAAAAGCCAAGAUAAACUGGUGUUGAAUCUAUUACGAGAUCAUUUGUAUGAUCUGCAUUUACUUUUUAUUUUUGAAAACCUCACAAGAAACCUAUUUAAUCUUCAGGAUGCCUCUCUGUCUACUGUAUAAACAGCAAUCACUGUUAGAAAAUAAUGUUGCUGAAAUUGUAAAAAGUCAAAACAAACGAGAACGGAAUGAAAUGAAAAAAGGUAGAAAAAUAACCACGAGAAGACGUUUUGACAACCUAUUCAUUUUUGUGUGGGAUAGAAAUAUAGCGUUUCUGAAGGGUUUUCUUCUGCUUUGUGCCUGUAAAUGAGGGCAUAUAAACACCAUCCAUGAAAACAGUGGAUAAUUUCGCCUCAGUGUGUAAAACAAAUCAAAUAAAUAAAAAAACAGGAUGGAGGUGGAUAGUAUAGUACUAUGCGGUGCAGCACGGGCUGCAUAAACUCGGUUUCUUUUUUUCUUUUCACAUUUUUGUAUGCUUUUCUUUUUUUUUUCAGAGGACAUGAAUGGACGCCUGUUUUUAGGAGGUACAAACUAAUUGUCUGAUGGUUUUGAUGUGCAAUCUGUGGGGCGAGUAAUAAUGACGAUGAUCAUACAUAUAAUUAAAACGAGAUGAAAUGA